GUACACCAAGAUGAAGACAGCCACUAACAUCUACAUCUUCAACCUGGCCCUGGCAGACGCCCUGGCCACCAGCACGCUGCCCUUCCAGAGCGCCAAGUACCUGAUGGAGACCUGGCCCUUUGGGGAGCUGCUCUGCAAGGUCGUGCUCUCCAUCGACUACUACAACAUGUUCACCAGUAUCUUCACCCUCACCAUGAUGAGCGUGGACCGUUACGUCGCCGUGUGCCACCCGGUCAAGGCCCUGGACUUCCGCACGCCGGCCAAAGCCAAGGUCAUCAACGUCUGCAUCUGGGUGCUCUCCUCCCUCAUCGGGGUGCCCAUCAUGGUCAUGGCAGUCACCAAGUCAAAAGAGGGGACGGUGCUGUGCACGCUCCAGUUUCCUGAUCCUCCCAUCUACUGGGACACCGUGACCAAGAUCUGCGUCUUCAUCUUCGCCUUCCUGGUGCCCAUCUUGGUCAUCACCAUCUGCUACGGGCUGAUGAUCCUUGGGCCCCCCAUCCACAUCUUCGUCAUCGUCUGGACGCUGGUGGACAUCGACAAGAAGAACCCCUACGUGGUGGCCAGCCUGCACUUCUGCAUCGCCCUGGGCUACACCAACAGCAGCCUGAACCCCGUGCUCUACGCCUUCCUGGACGAGAACUUCAAGCGGUGUUUCCGGGAGUUCUGUUUGCCCCUCCGUGCCCGGGGGGACCGGGGCAGCUUCUCCCGUGGUGGGCACGGCCCCCGGGAGCGCGUCUCCACCUGCGCCCCCUCGGAA